AGGUGAUGAACCAAGAAGUCAAGAAAGAGACUCCCCUGCAGUUCAAGUUCCGCGCCAAGUUCUAUCCUGAAGACGUUGCCGAGGAAUUGAUUCAAGAUAUCACGUUGCGUCUCUUUUAUCUUCAAGUAAAGAACGCUAUUCUGACGGAUGAAAUCUACUGUCCUCCGGAAACGUCUGUAUUGUUAGCAUCUUAUGCAGUCCAAGCGAAACAUGGAGAUUUUCAAAAAGGUACGCAUACUGCUGGUUUUUUGAUAAACGACCGCUUGCUGCCACAACGAGUUGUGGAUCAACAUAAAAUGAGCAAAGAGGAAUGGGAAAGUUCGAUCACUAACUGGUGGCAAGAACACCGUGGAAUGUUACGAGAAGAUGCAAUGAUGGAAUACCUAAAAAUCGCUCAGGAUUUGGAAAUGUACGGAGUGAAUUAUUUUGAAAUUCGAAAUAAAAAAGGCACAGAUCUGUGGCUCGGUGUUGAUGCUUUGGGUUUGAAUAUUUACGAGAAAGAUGACAAAUUGACGCCAAAAAUUGGUUUUCCAUGGUCUGAGAUAAGAAACAUCUCCUUCAAUGAGAAGAAAUUCAUAAUUAAACCAAUUGACAAGAAGGCACCUGAUUUUGUCUUUUUUGCGACUAGAGUUAAGAUUAAUAAGCGAAUUUUAGCACUAUGUAUGGGCAAUCAUGAACUCUACAUGCGUAGACGUAAACCAGAUACAAUUGAUGUACAGCAGAUGAAGGCACAAGCAAGGGAAGAGAAAAUCGCAAAACAACAACAAAGAGAAAAGUUACAACUAGAAAUAGCUGCAAGAGAACGCGCUGAGAGAAAACAGCAAGAAUAUGAAGAAAGGCUUCGAAAUAUGGCAGAGGAAAUGGACAGGCGGCAAGCUGAAUUAAACGAAGCUCAAGAAAUGAUCCGACGUUUAGAGGAACAUCUUAGACAGUUACAAGCUGCAAAGGAGGAAUUAGAAGAUCGUCAGAAAAACAUACAUUUCUACAUGCCUUAUUUUUAUCUGAAGGAACUUACGGCUAUGAUGGAGAAACUUGAACUGUCACAUGAAAUGGAAGCGGCAGAGCGUGCUAAACUCGAACAAGAAAUACGAGCUAAACAAGAAGAAAUACAGCGUAUACAAUCUGAAGUAGUGGCAAAAGAUGCUGAAGCAAGGAGGCUAGAAGAAGUAUUUGAAGCUGCUAAAUUGAGGCAAGAAGAAGCUGAUCGAGCUUAUCAAGCUAGUACAACACCGCAUCAUCAUCAUGUUGAAGAAAAUGAAGAAGGUGAAGAGGAAGGAGAAGACGAAGUUUCUCACGGCGAUGUUACUAAAGAUCUUGCAACUGAUGAAUCGAUAAUUGAUCCUGUUGAAGAGCGACGUACUUUGGCAGAGAGAAAUGAACGUCUUCACGAUCAACUUAAGGCAUUGAAGCAAGAUCUUGCACAGUCACGCGAUGAAUCAAAAGAAACUGUUAUGGACAAAAUACACAGGGAGAAUGUCAAACAAGGUCGUGAUAAAUAUAAAACGCUCCGUGAAAUUCGCAAAGGCAAUACUAAGCGUCGUGUUGAUCAAUUUGAGAACAUGUAAAUUAUGUAUGCAUUUGCCUGUUUGUCUGCCCAUUUCAUCCUGCCUUUGAAUUAUCUUUCAAUAUCGUGUACACAUGCAACAUUCAAUAAUCACUUAUUCUAUGUAAGAGACGUACAAAGUUCUCUGAUUGAUCAAAGACAAUUUAUAAAACUUCAAGUAUAUUGUUUUAUAAUAUUUUUUUGGAGAUGUUUCGAGGUAUAAGUCGCUCCCAAUUUACAGCGAUGAAAAGUUUAUAAUAUAUAUUACUAUUUUUCGAAGUCGAUUCUAUACUCUCAGAUACAGUUAAGUGAAAAAAUAAACUCAUAAUUGGCAAGGAACGCGACGAGCGACCAACUUGCGCCGUCUUCCACGUAUGCUUCCACGUUAUCGCUGUUAAGCAAUUUUCGUAAAGCAAAAUGUUUAUAUAUUUUUCCAUAACAAGUAUAAAUUUUCUUGCUGUUUUAGCUAUAAAAUAUUUAAUGUUAAUUCAUAAUAACUUUGUUAUUUUAGCUAUGUUACUAGCUAAUGUUGUUUUUUUCUAACGAUAUCCUUUUUUGCUAAAAUAUCAAGAAAAUAUGUUACAUAAUUUGUGAAUAUUAUUUUAUUUUUGUCCAAGCAUUAUAUACAGGAUUUUGAGUACCGGCGCAUCAGUAUUUUCUUUUUCGAAGUAUUACUGUCGGUCACUAAGCGUGAUGCCACACAUGUGACUUGUUUUCAGUGAUUAUUUUCUCGUCGCGGUUCUUAUCAUGUUGCGUCUUGUCCGUCCUUGAUAAGGAUUUGCCCGAGAAACACUUUGUAUUGUUACUUGCGUCAUCAUUCACUUCUGUUGACAAAUUAAGAUUACUUCUGUCAAUAGCGGUCGCUAUACAUCUAAUAUACAUAUCAGUUUCCAGUUUUAUUCCCAUGUAUCAUUUUACUAUUUACAGUAACAAAUAUAAUCAGAUUAUUAGAUAUAAUCAGAUGAAUUAAGCAUUUUAAAGCAGUGUGGAGCAGUCACCAUUAUUUUUUAGUGAGUUAUAAAUAAUCUCUAAAUAUUAGCCUAAAAUAGAUUGAUAAUGUACAAGCGACCGCUUAAUUUAUGAAAUACCGAAAUCAACGACCGUCUUCACAAUAAAUGUAGACAUGUAAGCACGUCAUAUAAACUGUUUGCAAAAAUUAUAUAUACUACUUUAGUACGAACGAAUUUCAACUACUGUUUGAUAAUUUUAUAUUGAACACACUCGUGGCCUUUAUUGAUAUACGUAUAUUAAAAUAGAUAUUAAUAAUUAAUCAAUAAUCUAAUAUAUAGAAUUGUAGGGAUAUCGCGCGUCUCUUUGUAUUGCAUACCUUCAACAUAAGGUAAUUGCGCGGUUCCUAUAUGAAGAAAUAGGUAUAUCAAGAUUCUUGAAAGUAUGAAAGAAUGAAUGUGAGCGAGAAUGCUAUAAUAAAAAAUAAUACGUAUGAAAGGUCGAAUGCUAGAAGAACUAUAAUAUGUGGCUGUCUGGUACGCCACAUAAAAAUUUUAAAACAGUUCUCUUUUUAAAGAAAAUUAUACGGUAUAACAAUGAAAAUUAA